CGACAGCACCAUCGAAGUUAGUCGUCGAAAAGACACCGUUUAGAGAAAGCGUACUCUGUCCGCGCGUAGUGUACCGUGUGCAGUUUGCUGCAGGGCUUGAUCAUUUGAUAAUUUUUAAAUGAGAUUUUGAUUGCUUUCAUCUUCGAUAUUCAUAUGGAACUCUUUACCAUAAAACACCAAUCAUUACUUUGUGCGUUAUGAAAGUUUGUCCUCCCAUAAUUGGGUGUUAAGUGUUUGGUCGGUUCGUCGUUCCAUUUGUUCGCCUGGGAGUGCUAACACGUCGUUGAACUUUUGCUACACGCGUUGAUAGUUCAACUGCCGUUGUUGAAAUCUGCCGCUCAUCGUUACAUCGCAUCGGUUUAUUUUAUUGUUGUUUUCAAAAGCUGCGCAUCAAAAAGCGUCGAAGACACCGACAACCAGUGUGAUAAGAGUGAGAGUUUUAACCCCGCACUUCUGUGUUGUAUAUGCAUACAAUCCAUCUUGGGUUCCUGACUCAGUUUAUGUCAAGCAAAGCAUGAUUUGCAAUUUUUAGACAUUCGGACAUAUGAAAUAAUAAUUGCUAUUCGCGGAAGUCAAGUACAAAAGAGUGAAAGGAGUAAAUACAGCCGACAUGUUUGUCAAACGCAGAAAAGUACCCAAUGCUAAUAACAACGUGAUUUUAAGCAACGUUAACUACGAGAACGGCCAGGUGGUUAAAUCACGCUGCAGCAAGCAUAAAGACUGCGAUGGUAGCACAAGUGAGUGCCUUCAAGUCGCAACCAAUGUCACCGAGCAGAAGCAUCACGUAACGCGCGAGACCCGUGGCAACAAUCUGGGUUUGUGUCGCGGUUUCCGGGGAUGUACAGUUUGGCUGACCGGGCUGAGCGGUGCCGGCAAAACAUCCAUUGCAUUCGAACCAGAGGACUACCUAGUUUCGAAAGGCAUACCCGCAUACGGUCUCGAUGGGGACAACAUCAGGACGGGUCUGAACAAAAAUCUGGGAUUCUCCCAAGCAGAACGGGAGGAAAAUAUUCGACGGGUGGCAGAGGUCGCCAAGCUGUUUGCCGACAGUGGGGUGGUGUCAAUAUGUAGUUUUGUCUCACCGUUUGCAGAAGAUCGCGAAAUGGCUCGACGGAUUCAUAAGGAUGCAGAUUUGAAAUUUUUUGAAAUUCAUGUAGAUACUCUGGAGGUGUGCGAGACACGUGAUGUGAAGGGCUUAUAUAAGAAAGCUCGAGCAGGUUCCAUUCAGGGAUUUACCGGUGUAACACAAGCCUACGAAGCCCCAGAAUCCCCAGAUCUAUCAGUUCCUACCGAAGGGUUGACGGUGAGACAAUCAACGUUCAAAGUAAUUAAACUUCUAGAAGAUGAAAAUAUAAUACCAAAGUUCAUCAAAGAGGAUGAACCUAUCCCGGAGUUGUUCGUUCCGGACCACUUAAAAGCUGAUGUAGAAGCGGAAGCUAAGACACUGCCAUCGAUUCCGAUAACGACCGUUGAACUUCAAUGGUUACAAGUAUUAGCAGAGGGCUGGGCCCAUCCGCUCAAAGGUUUCAUGCGCGAAAAGGAAUAUCUGCAAGCAUUGCACUUUAACUGCAUGUUAAGUGAAGAUGAGACAAUGCGAGAGAAUCAGUCCAUUCCAAUAGUAUUAUCGGUUAGUGAAGAUGAUAAGAAUAAACUCGAGGGCGUUAGUGCUUUGUCAUUAUCGUACGAAGGCCGCAUCGUUGCUGUUCUUAGAAAGCCAGAGUUUUAUUUCCAAAGGAAGGAAGAACGAUGCGCCAGGCAGUUUGGCACGUCAAAUGCAAACCAUCCGUAUAUAAAAAUGAUAAUGGAAUCUGGACAAUAUUUAGUAGGCGGAGAAGUGGACGUUUUGGAGAAGAUUCGCUGGAAUGAUGGAUUGGAUAAUUACCGACUAACUCCAAAUGAGCUUCGUGAAAGAUUCAAUGAAAUCAAAGCGGAUGCAAUAUUCGCUUUUCAAUUACGUAAUCCUAUACAUAACGGACAUGCACUGUUGAUGAGCGACUGCAGACGUCAACUGCUGGAGCGAGGCUUUAAAACCCCCGUACUAAUGUUACAUCCACUGGGUGGAUGGACGAAGGAUGAUGAUGUUCCAUUGCCGGUUCGAAUGGCGCAGCAUCAAGCCGUUUUGGACUCAGGUGUGCUCAAACGGGAACAUACAGUGUUGGCUAUCUUUCCGUCGCCUAUGAUGUAUGCCGGUCCAACUGAGGUGCAGUGGCAUGCUAAAUCCAGAAUGAAUGCCGGUGCUAACUUCUACAUCGUAGGACGGGACCCAGCUGGAAUGCCGCAUCCCGACAAGGAAAUGUAUCCUGACGGCAACUUAUACGAAGGUACCCAUGGUGCCAGGGUACUUAAAAUGUCACCUGGAUUGGAUAGCAUUGAGAUCCUACCAUUCCGCGUAGCAGCCUACGAUAAAUCUGUUUCCCAGAUGGCAUUUUUCGAUCCCAACAGGAAGAGUGAUUUUGAUUUCAUUUCCGGCACUAGAAUGCGAACGUUGGCACGCAAUGGACAGGAUCCGCCGAAUGGGUUCAUGGAACCUAAGGCGUGGAAGAUUCUAUCUGAGUACUACCAAUCGCUGAAGAGCGGAGAUAAUUGAUGACGUACUUUAAAGAUGUCAAUUAAAGUGAACUUAUAUAUUAACAAAUAUUUUAUGCACACGAACUAUUGUGUAGAACACAUAUUUUAUUUUUUUAAUUAUAUAUUUAUGUCGAUUGUUUUAACAUAGAUUAUUACUGUUAUAUUAUUGUAUUCAGUUGUGUAAUGGAAGCAGGUUUGUUCGGAUGAAUAAACUAUUUGAAACACUAAA